AAUUUUUAGUAAUUAUUAUUGUUUUUGUUAUUGGAAGUAACACGCUCAAAGGCCUCUCGACUGUAGUCAUGGUUGUUCUUCACGGUAGUUGGUCACGACGGUUUGUCACGGUGGAUCGUCACGGUAUGUGUAUAGGAGAGGGUUGCGUGUUGGUUUAACAACAACACUAAAAAAAAAAAAAAAUUCUUCAGUACUGACACGAAAUGUUGCUAAAACAAAAUCUUGAUUCAAGUGAUUAUGAAAAUUUAAAUCAGUCUAGUGAAAUUAAUUUUCAUCCUUACAUCAAGCAUAAAGUAUAUGACAUUAAAAAGUCUGAAAAUGACCCAAGAGAUUACUGCUUUCUAGUUCUAGAUAACGAAAUACGAAUAUUACUUGUUAGCGACGAAGCAACCGAGAAAGCAGCCGCAUCAGUAGAUGUUCAUGUUGGUUUUGAGAGUGACCCUGAUGAUGUACCCGGUAUCGCACACUUUUGUGAACACAUGUUGUUUCUUGGGACGCAUAAAUAUCCAAUUGAAAAUGAAUAUUCAAAGUUUCUUUCACAAAAUGGCGGCUAUUCAAAUGCUUAUACAUCAGAUCAGCAUACAAAUUAUUAUUUUGGUGUGAAGUCUGAUCAGCUAGAGGGUGCUUUAGACAGGUUUGCACAAUUUUUUAUCUGUCCACUUUUUACUGAGAGUUCUACUGAAAGAGAGUUAAGUGCUAUUGAUUCUGAGUUUCAAAAAAAUAUUUUUGAUGAUGCGUGCAGAAUCUCAAGUGUUGAUCAAGAAACUUCAAAACCAGGACAUGUUUAUACUAAGUUUGGGUCAGGCAACAUCACUACACUAAAAACGAUCCCUUCAGAAAAAAAUAUUGACAUUAGAGAUCGUUUAAUAAAGUUUUAUGAGUCUCAUUAUUCUGCAAAUAUUAUGACUCUUGUUGUUCUUGGUAAAGAAAGAUUAAAUGAUCUGGAAAAAAUGGUUGUCUCUAAGUUUAAAGAUAUCGCCAACAAAAACAUUAAUAUGUGCUUUAGCUCUGAGCAUCCUUAUAGCAAGGAUCAACUUUCAUUAAGUUUCAAUGUUGCAACAAUAAAGAAUCAUCAUUCGUUACAACUACGGUUUCCUAUGCCUGAUAUGCAUGCUUGGUAUAAGUCAAAGCCAGAAUGCUAUGUUUCACAUUUAAUUGGUCAUGAAGGGAAGGGAAGUUUGUUUUCUCUUUUAAAACGAAAUGGUUGGGUACAAUAUUUGGGAGCCAUGACAAAUAAAAAUUCAAAAGGAUUUCACUUUUUUGUUAUUAAAAUGGCAUUGACAAAUGAUGGUUUAGUUCAUGUGACAGAAAUAAUAACUACAGUAUUUCAAUAUAUCAAUCUUUUAAAAUCAUCCUCUGCUCAUGAAUGGAUAUAUAAUGAACUUCAGAUGGUACAACGUAUUGAAUUCAAAUAUAAAGAGGUAACAUCUCCAAUAAAUUAUGUCACAGUUUUAUCUUCACUAAUGCAGCAUUAUCCACCUGAAGAUAUUUUGUAUGGUUCAUACAUGAUGGAGGAGUUUAGUCUAAAUUUAAUAAAAAUGGUAAUUGAUCUCUUAACUCCUGAUAAGUUAAGGUAUUUUGUGGGAUCACCAAAUUUUAAAGAUGGUAUGUUGUUAAGAACAAACUAUUACAAUGCUGAAUAUAGCUUUAAACAUAUUGAAGCAGCUCAAAUAAAGAAAUGGGAAUCAUGUGGUUUAAAUCCUGAUCUUCACAUGCCAGAUAAAAAUUCAUUUAUGCCAUGCAGCUUGGAAGUUAAAGUUACCAAGAAAGAUGUAAAGAAUGUUCCUCAUAUUUUAAAGGAUACAGAAAUGAUGCGCAUUUGGUACAAAGCAGAUGAUACUUUCCUUUUGCCAAAAGCACUUAUUAGUUUAUCGAUUAAAAGUCCUGUUGCAAAUAAUAAUCCUUUGGAAAGCAAUUUAUUAGCAAUGUUUGUAGAAAUUCUGAAUGAUGAGUUAAAUGAAUUGCUCUAUACUGCUGUGCUUGCUAAACUUUUUUGCAUCAUAACCCAAAGCAUAGACGGAAUUUUUAUUUGUAUCUAUGGUUAUGACAAGCAAUAUUUAUUUCUUUCAAAAAUAUUUGAAAAGUUAAAAGAAUUAAAAAUUAAUGAAGAUAGAUUCAAUGUCAUCAAAGAAUCACAAGAAAAAUGUUUAAGGAACCAUGAAUUAAUUGAACCUUAUCAUCAAGCAUCUUUCUGUACCAUGUAUCUAUUAGAUGAAGCUGUUUGGGAUGUGGAGGAUAAAUUAGUAUGCAUGAAAGAUGUUACUGUAAAGAGUUUAGAAGAGUACAUAAACAGAUUUCUGGUGAGUAUCUUUGUAGAAUGUUUACUCUGUGGUAAUCUUUUACAAGAUGAUGUCAACACAAUCAUAACAAUUAUUGAAGAGAAGCUGUUAACAAAUGCACAUCCAUUGCUUCCUUUACAGCACAUUGCUCCAAGAAUUUAUCGUUUAAAUAAAGGUAUAUAUUAUUUAUUUGAGAAGCGUAGCAAGCUACAUAUUACUUCUUGUAUUUAUACACUUGUACAAGUUGGAGUUCAAGAAACAAAAGUGAAUGUUCUUUGUGAAAUUAUUACUUCUAUGAUGGAAGAACCGUUUUAUAAUCAACUCAGAACAAAAGAACAGCUAGGUUACAUUGUGCAAUGUGGAAUUAGCUGUUCAAAUUCUACAACGGGAGUUUAUUUAUUGGUACAAUCAGAUAAGCAACCAUCAUAUGUUGAAAAAAGAAUUGAGAUUUUUCUGCUUGAUUUUGAGGAAAUGAUUUUGAAUAUGGAUGCCUUGGUGUUUUCAGAUUAUGUUCAAUCAUUAAUUGAAAACAAACUUGAGAAGCCAAAGCGUUUGGAUCAAGAAGCUUUGCAAUAUUUAUUAGAGAUUAAGACACAGCAGUAUCACUUUAAACGAGAUGAGGUAGAGACUAAGGCCUUGCAAAGUAUAUCAAAGGAAGAUGUUUUAUUUUUUUAUAAGAAAUACAUAUGUCCAAAUUCCAAUGUUCGAAAAUCUUUAACAGUUGCGAUACUUGGAAAAGAUUCACAAAGCCUUUUAGAGGACACUAAAAAGAAAGACUGGGUGCUUAUCGAUGACGUAUUGCAUUUCAAGUCAGGACUAGGCCUAUAUCCUUUAGUACUUCCUUAUGGCAAUGAAAUUAAAUUGUUAGGGACAUCAGUGAAAUCAUAGUUAUAACUUUUAUUUGUAUAUAUAUAAAUUUUUUAGAAAAAAUUGUUAUUAA